AUGUCUUCAUUCACGCCGAUCAAUGUUACACUGGGGAAGACAAGUUUUAUUGACAGUGACAAUCGCGCAGUCGAAAUCUCUCAACCGUUAGAUCAUCCUUUCCUGUUUGAGCCAAAGAGGAGCCCACAACACGUAUGUGAGACGACAGGCUCAUAUGCGGCUCAAGCUCGACGCAAGCGCAUCCGAGUGCAUUCUGGAUCGACGAAUCCAAGUCUUCAGAAAUCUCCAGAGAUCAAGGCAUUGACAAAGAAGCGUGCAACGAGAAUACCCAGUGAUAACCACUCGCAACCUGUGACCAGGGUUUUCAAAAUCACCAAACCGAAGAAGACUCCUAAUAAAUCCAGUCCGCCAUUACAUAUGUAUCAAAGCACUCCGAGUCUCCAUCCACUCACUGCUCCGGCAGACUUUAAUACUGCCACAGAGCUUGUACGAUUCGCAACGAUACCUUCGACUCUGUCCACGAAGAUAGCAUCUAGGCAUGACUUGACAGACGCAGUAUCGCUCGUCGCGCCACUAACCUCGCAAGAUGCACUGAAAUCACAGACCAUUCACGGGUUUACUGCUUACGAUCGACAGAGAGGCAUAGGGCAGCUAGUUCCCAGUUCGACCGGAUGCGCAAGCCGGACAGAACGUCUAAUCUUAGAAAUCGUCAAGAAUAGCAAUUUAUCUCCAUCUUCUAAUCCCAAUGUCCCAGUUGUCCGAUCCGACCAAAAGCAGUCCACUACCAAAGCUGCGAUUGUUAUCGAGACGGUGCCUAUCGCAACUUCACAUGAAGUCCCAGAUAUGUUCACUGAUUCUGAUACAUCAUCAGAUUCGGACUUGCUAGCUAUCAACAUUAUGAGUCCGUCAGCGAUCGACACGACGUCCAUGACGAAUGCCACGGAAGAAAAUCACGAGCUCCAUAUGCUAAUUCAGCAGAGUGAUUCUUUCCUUACUUCUGACUUCCUUAACUCUGGCUACUUCGAGUUCAAUGAGCUUGAAUCUGACGAACAAAUCGAGAAUCUAGACCCACAUGAGCCUUGCAUUGAAGACCUCACCACCGAGACAGGUUUCGAGUCAGAUGUUUUCGAUGACAUUGAUACAUCAUUAAUGGGCUAUUUAAGCUUGGCGUCACAGCCACCUUCUAGCCCCAAGGGAACCCAUGAAAUAGACUGGUCGCUCCAGAUAGAUGCGUUUGACGACGGUGAGAGUGAUGACAGAAAGUCCAGGAAUGGUAUCAUUAGAGACUCUGAGCCGAGCGAAGUUCUCAAUGAUGAACUGAGUAGUCUCGACGACAGGAGGUACGAAGAUGGGAUAGCAAUUAUGAGACUUCCGCACACAGAAGAAGAGGCCUCAGAUCGGCUCCGACCUUUUGUUAGGCCUCCUUUCCCAAUGUCAGUGAGAGACCGGUCGCCAAUCAUCGGACUAUCGAAAGACACACUAUCUCGAACUUGCUUUCGGGUGGGAGAGGCUAUAAACGAGGGCCUACGCGCAAUGCGCUGUAAUCAAGGAAUCGUCAUCGAGCUCUAUGCAAGGAUUUUAAGCGCCUCUGAAGGAGAUAACAAUGCACAGAAGUUUGUUCUGUGUGACUUAUUCCACGACAGACCGCCAUACUUGAGAUCAGUGCACGAUGUGCGCAAAGAGACAGAGCUUUCCAAGUUCAAUGCGCUGCAUUUGCAAGCCUCAGCAGUGGAUCAGAAACAGAUGUGCAGAUGUAUCGGGAAAAUAAGAGUCGUCGAGAGGCAGCCAGAAUUCGUCAUGAGCACCAUUUGGGAAGCUAGCUGGGACGAUGUCAAGCAUGUUAGAGGUAUUGUGUGCAGUGAGUGA